GCUGGCCAACCCUCUCCACCCGAGACUUGGGCAGCGACCUCGGCAGACUAGCGUCCAUCUGUGCUUCGGAGCCAGCAAGGGAGCUCGGGGGCCUCAGCGGGCCGCGUUCCUCCGGGAUGCGAGCCCCAGUGCAGACGCCCGGUAGGGGCGGGCAGCCGCGAGGCUUUUCCAGGCGCACAGGGUUGCUGCUGUUCUGGGGGGCCCGGCGCCCGGCUGUGGCCAGCCUCGCUGGCCCUUGAGGCCGCCGACCUGGGCGCGCCGCCGCUGGGCUCCCAGAGCUAUAUAUCUGCGGCACUCUACUUAUCCACGGAACCUCCUGAGGUCUUCCCAGUCUCAGACCCAUGGAGCCCUCGGUGCUGGCUCCGCACAACCUUGCGCACCACGAGCCAAUCAGCUUCGGCAUCGAUCAGAUUCUGAGCUGCUCCGAACCCCCGGGGGGUGGCCUAGGCCCGGGUCGUACGGGCCAGAGCCACAGCGAGAGUGCGGCAUUCUCGGGUGGAUUCCACGGAGCCUCGGGUUAUGGCCCUGCAGGUUCUCUGGCCCCGCUGCCCAGCAGCUCCGGAGUGGGCCCGGGUGGCGUGAUCCGCGUUCCGGCUCAUCGCCCGCUGCCAGUGCCGCCGCCCGCGGGAGGCGCCCCUGCGGUGCCUGGGCCCUCGGGUUUGGGCGGCGCCGGGAGCCUAGCUGGACUCACCUUUCCAUGGAUGGACAGCGGCCGACGCUUGGCCAAGGAUCGGCUCACCGCAGCGCUGUCGCCCUUCUCUGGGACGCGCCGCAUAGGCCACCCUUACCAAAACCGGACCCCCCCGAAGCGGAAGAAGCCGCGCACGUCCUUUUCCCGCUCGCAGGUGCUGGAGCUGGAACGGCGCUUCCUGCGCCAGAAGUACCUGGCCUCGGCCGAGAGGGCGGCGCUGGCAAAGGCCUUGCGCAUGACCGACGCACAGGUGAAGACCUGGUUCCAGAACCGACGCACCAAGUGGCGGCGCCAGACCGCAGAGGAGCGCGAGGCCGAGAGGCACCGCGCGGGUCGGCUGCUCUUGCACCUGCAGCAGGACGCGCUACCACGGCCGCUGCGGCCGCCCCUGCCCCCGGACCCGCUUUGCCUGCACAACUCAUCACUCUUCGCGCUGCAGAAUCUGCAGCCUUGGGCCGAAGACAACAAAGUGGCUUCUGUGUCUGGGCUUGCCUCGGUGGUGUGAGCUUCGCCUGCUGGAUCCGC